GUCAGCCUCCGGCGCUUCCUUCACGUGCCGACAAUAUGGCGGCUCCCAUAGCGGUUCAUCUGGAGUUUGGAGGAGGAGCGGAGCUGCUUUUCAACGGCGUGAAGGAACACCAUGUGACUCUUCCCAGCCAAUCGGAACCUUGGGACAUGAAGCAGCUGCUGGUUUGGAUCCAGAGGAACCUGCUGAAGGAACGACCCGAGCUCUUCGUCCAGGGCGACUCCGUGAGGCCUGGAAUCCUGGUGCUUAUCAAUGAUGCAGACUGGGAGCUAAUGGGGGAGCUGGAAUAUCAACUGCAAGACCAAGACAACGUGGUGUUUAUUUCCACUCUUCACGGAGGAUAAAGGGAUGAAUGAGGAGCACACGUCUGUAACAGUUCCUGCCUUUUUCCUCCACAUCCUCUCUCUCUCCCCCCCGCCUCCACCUCCUCUACAUCCCAGUAACACGUGACCCCAUUGGAUGCUGAGGAUGUGUCACCCCACACUGGGAUGCUGGUCCACAGGAAUGAGGGGGAAUCCAGAGAUGGUCACCGUGAAAAAUGUGGAAGCUGUGAGAUGGGAAUUCUGUGGACUCUUCUUUUUCUUUUUUUUUAAAAUAAUAAUAAAUCAAACUGAUUUAAGGGGAAGCUCUGCUUGUACUGAGCAGCUCACAGGUGUAGUUAGUGUGUCUGCCUUCACUUCCCUGCAACUGUAGCUCCAGCAUGAGACACAAUUUCUCUAUUUUGAGCUUUAACACGAGCUUCAGUUAAACAGAAUAAACAAGAAAACACUUUAACUGUAACCAGCCUGUACAUUAGCAUUUAAUAAAGUGUUCAUAAUUCACCAUGAUGUUGCUGUGAGGAGAUAUAAGGACAUUUUAGGCUUUUAUUAACAUGCCAACAAUUAAAACUCAUGCAGAAAUAUUUAAUUUAACUACAUAUUGGUUAUUUAUCAUCUGUUUGUACAGAAACAGAUUUAACUGUAAUUGAGAAACAUCUUGAUAAACCCUUAAAUGUCUUUAUAUCUCUUUACAAGCAGCUUUUGAACCCGUUUAUUAAAUGUUAAUAGUUUACUUCUAAGUGCUUUGCUUGGCCUGUGUGAUUCACGCUUUUUUAUUUAAAUUUUUUUGUAUUUUUUUCCCGUAAAAUGCAAAUAAAAAAGACUUUUUAUAUCAUA